UUUAAAAUAAAUCAAAAAAAAUUAUUGUCAAAAUUCAUUUGUCAUUUUACCAUCUGUUGGGUGAGUAUGGUAUACGAGUAAAUAUUGACUUGGGCUAAAAUGAAAUUAUUAUUCGUGUGCAUUGGAAAUACAUGUCGCUCACCAAUGGCUGAAAGUGUUAUGAAUCAUUACAUAAAAGAGCGCAAUUUAGACUGGGAAGCAGACAGUGCCGGUUUAAGAGCAUGGAACGUUGGUUAUGCGCCGGAAGAACGCUGUAUAAAAAUAUUAUCCGAAAAUGGACUUACUACAGCUCAUAUAGGACGAGAGAUAAAAAUUGAUGAUUUCUAUUUAUUCGAUUAUAUAUUUGGAAUGGAUGAGAGCAAUAUGCACGAAUUAAAUGCUAUAGCUAUCGCAGCUGGUGCCAAAUGCACUACCAAAAUUGAAUUGCUAGGUUCGUAUCUUGGUCGUGAUGAAGAUAAAAUAAUACAUGAUCCUUACUUUUCGACUGGCUUACAAAGUUUUAGAUGCGCAUACGCCCAAAUAUCGGAGAGCUGUCAGAACUUCAUUAAAAAACAUGCAUCGCAAUAGACUAAAAUAUACUUAUGUACGUAUGUACGUAAAGCUAGUGGAUACUCGGUCAAUAAUUUUUAACUAUAUUUGAAAAUUAAAGUGUAUUUUAUAUAACUUAUAAAUUUCUUAUAUUUAAUAAAGUG